GACAUCACAGUCAGGUAAUGGUGGAGCAACAUUCUAAAAUGUGCCUCUGAUGCUCUUGAUUUUAUGUAGGUGUGUCCUUUAUAAUGUAUCUGGCAUAAGAGCAGAGGAUAAAAAUGAACUUUCAGUACAAUUACCAACAACACUUAUUACAACAAGAUCAUGGACACCGUUCAAAAAUGGGCCUAGAUUCUGCUGUUCUUGCAAACAUUUCCACAGAGGCCUACACCUCUGGAGGUAUCAUCCAGACAUCUACUCCAUUGAUUGAUUAUGUCUACACUCCACACCCUCAGCACCUUCCGAUGAUGCCUAUUGGACCAGCCUGGCCCUCACAGCCAUACCACUGUGUUCCAACCAUGGUGGGUGCUGCUAAACCUCCCGUGUCUGUGGUUGAUCCCAGCAUCCCCUCUACGGUGAUGAAAGGAGAGAAGAAUAAAAGGCAACGAGCUGUUAGGUCGAGGGCAAAAAGAGACCCUAACAGUUUCACUCAGAAAUAUAGGAGACUGAUGACAGUGAUGGGCAAGACUGGAACCAAAAUUGACGACACCUCUUAUUCAAACUAUCAGAGAUGGGACGCUACUGAUAUGGUGAAUCUUCCAAGUCAGGCAACUGAGGCCAAAACAGAAGAGGUGGGUACCGCUGACAGAAACUUAUAUAUGCUAAUGGUUAAUGAAGAGCAGAACAGCAUGAGGGAAAAUAAAGACGAAGACAAGAUGAAUAGAGAGAAAGAUGGAGAGGAAACUCCAAAAGUGAGAGCUGUGGGACUUAAAGGCCAACAUGAGAUGAGCAUGAGGCAGAGAUUUCACAGCCAAGUGAAAAGUCAUCGCGCAACUAACUAUGACACAGUGACUACAGUCGGACAAGUUGUUGCAGGUGACGACAGGAUCUUUCAGAGGUACCCUAUCAUCGUUCACUCUCAGCAGCACCUGGCCAGUCCAUCUCUCUUCCACCAAGACGGGAACUCUCAUAGUCAAUGUCCUGAGAUACCCUUCAGCACCAUAUCUCUGUCCGAGUGGGCGGCCCUCAUGGACACGUGUCUCUUCCAACCUUGGCCGCAGGGGUCAAAGGCUUGUGUGGUUGGAGAAGACACAGAGACAGGCUUGGCCCCUGCUGCCUCCAAUGACAGGUCAACAGACUGCCAUAGCAAUGAGAGUCGUAGGUAUGUGCCCUUGGAUGACAGCACCUUGAUUGAUGAACUUUACUAUCAGUAUGCACGCCACAGAUUUACAUCAUUCUUACCAGAUGGACAGGACUAACGAAUGGAGAGAGCGGAUACAAAAUCACCCGAGACUUUUGAAAAUGUUUAUCUGGCUCUAAUAAAGUAUAUA